CGUCAUUGCGGAUCAGGAAGAGCACCAGUUUCUUGACGGAAGAACGUUACACCUCUGUGUAUCUUUUAAACUGCUAAACAGUUCAUCCUAGCAGCACACUCCUCCAGCAGACAUGUCGUAUGGUAAAGCAGAGACGUACCGUCCCGUCCCCCGGGACUUCAACAGCCUCAUACAGACCUGCAGCUCCAACAUCCAGAAGAUCACACAGAACACUGCCCAGAUAAAGAGCAUGGUGAACCAGCUCGGGACCAGACAGGACACCAGUGAGCUCCAGGACCGUCUGCAGCAGAUGCAACACUACACCAACCAGCUGGCCAAAGAGACCAACAAACACCUGAAGGAGCUGGGCUCCAUCUCUCUGCCAGCAUCACCCUCUGAGCAGAGGCAGCAGAAGAUCCAAAGAGAUCGUUUGAUGAAUGAUUUCUCAGCAGCUCUCAACAACUUCCAGGCCGUUCAGCGUCGGGCGGCAGAGAAAGAGAAAGAGUCCGUGGCCAGAGCACGAGCUGGAUCACGUCUGUCGGCUGAAGACAGUUCUCGAGAUGAAAAACUUGUUUCCUUCGAUAACCAAGACGACUGGGGCCAGAUGACAACUCAAACAGAGGAGGUAGCGAUCACUGAGGAGGACCUGGAGCUCAUCAAGGAGAGAGAGACCAACAUCAGACAGCUGGAGUCUGACAUCCUGGAUGUGAAUCAGAUCUUUAAGGACCUCGCUGUGAUGAUCCACGACCAGGGAGAGAUGAUCGACAGCAUUGAGGCGAACGUAGAGAACGCCGAAGUUCAUGUAGAGCGGGGAACGGAGCAGCUGCAGAGGGCCGCCUACUACCAGCAAAAGUCCAGGAAGAAGAUGUGCAUCCUGGCCAUGGUGUGCUCCAUUGUGCUCGUCGUACUCGGCAUCAUCAUCUGGCAGGCUACUAAAUGAACUGACUCCACCCUACUCAAGUCACAGCUAUAUUUUCCUCCGCCCCCUCCCACCUGCAAUACCUGCUCGGAAUCACCAGAAGAAGAAGAGGAGGCCAAUGAGCAUGGAUGAAACACUGAUGUGAUGGAGCCUGAUUGUGUAAAUUUAGAUUCCUUAUGAUGAAGGACGGCGGCCUGAGGUGGAGGUGGGGAGCGAGCUGAGAUAUGACCUUCUUUAAAUUGCUUUGUUCAUUCUUCUUUACUGCACUAACACUAGCUGUCACUGUAUUUCAGAUGUUUAUUUCAGUACGGGCUUCAUGACAAAACACUACUUGUUGAAGUAGAAGAAUCCGUGGUUUUUAGGGGCUGUAAAUUAUUUUUCUGUGGGGUCGUGGCUGCUGCUCGGACAGGAAGCAGAAGGUGUAUUAUACAUGUUGUACAAUGAAAGCAUUAUAUCCAUGUGUAAAUAUUCCACAGUGCUGCGAUGUAUUCUGCUGAGAACAUUCUGGAUGAUAAAUAAUGACAGUAUCUCUGAAUGAAACAUCAAACAUUUUUAUUGAUUUCUAUGACUCCUGAUGAGAAGCGUAAUAAAUGUCUUAAACACCA